AUGCGACAAAUCAUAAUGCUGUUCUCAGCUUUACUGGCUGUGAUCGUUUCGAUUCAUGCAAGUCCAGUACUUAACGAUGGUCUCCCAUCGCGAUACCAUGUUAGUGGUGUUAUUCAAUUACCUUAUGCUGAAAUCAAUGAACCAUUCGAAUCAUGGAUCGAUGUUCAAGCAGGAUUUUCACGUAUUGAUUACUAUGGCGGCGCAGCCAAAACUGUCCAACGAAAAGGACGUGGCGGUGCAGAUUUUGGUGCUAAUUACAAAAUCGUCCCGAUGUCUGAUGAACAAGUUUUAAAUAAGAUCAGCUGUUUUCAAGCCAAUGGCACAAAAGAAGAUUUAGUUGAUGUCCAACACACACUUCCUGACUGGACAACAUUCGAAAAUUUAGGUCCAGGUGAAUGGCGUGGAAUAAAAUGCCAAGUCUAUCAAAGUAUCGAUCAAGUUGGAGAUAAAAAGUCUACUUAUACCUAUUAUAUCAAUGCCGCUACCAAACAUCCAGUUCACUAUGAAAUGUUCGGUUAUGAUUCGUUGAUUGGCUCACAUUUCGAUAAAUAUACCAUUGACUAUUACAAUUACGAUGAAGAUACAAUUGAUCCCAGUAUUUUUCAUAUUACUGACUCAUUAACUUGCACUGGUUUCCCUGGUCCUGGUCUUGAACAUACAUCACCACGUGUUUUGUUCAAUCCUAUGAGUGAAUAUAUCAAUCGUCAUGGUGAAGAACAUCUUGAAUCGUCAUUUGAACAAUUCAAAAAUAAACAUGGACAUAAAUAUGAAAGUGAACAUGAACAUCGUCUUCGUUUGAAAAUCUUCCGAAGUAAUGUUCGUUACAUCAACACAGGCAAUCGUGCAGCAUUGCCUUACAAAAUGAAAUUGAACAAAUUCGCUGAUCGAACAGAUGAUGAGUUACGUGCACUUCGUGGUCGUCGUUAUACACCAGGCUACAAUGGUGGUCUUCCAUUUCCAAAAGAAGAAUUCGCCAAGAGCAAUGUUGCUAUUCCAGACUCUAUUGAUUGGCGUAUCAUGGGAGCUGUAACACCUGUUAAAGAUCAAGGUAUCUGUGGCUCAUGCUGGUCGUUUGGUACAACUGGUACAAUCGAAGGUGCCUAUUUCGUUAAACAUGGAACAAUCAUUCGUCUAUCGGAACAAGAUUUAAUCGAUUGUUCAUGGGGUUUUGGUAACAAUGGUUGUGAUGGUGGCGAAGAUUUCCGUGCGUAUCAAUAUAUUAUGAAACAUGGUGGCAUCGCUUUAGAAGAUGCUUAUGGACCAUAUUUACAAGAAGAUAGUUUCUGUCAUCAUGACAAUACUACCAAAGGUGCGAAAAUUCUUGGAUACGUGAACAUUACCGAAGGUGAUGAAGAAGCAUUACGAGUUGCAAUUGCGACGAAAGGACCAAUUUCAGUUGCUAUUGAUGCUGCUCAUAAGGGUUUCUUGUUUUAUGCUAGUGGAGUUUUCUACGAUCCUGAUUGCGGAAAUACACCCGAAGCUUUAGACCAUGCUGUACUUGCUGUUGGUUAUGGUACAUUAUUUGGUCAAGACUACUGGCUUGUCAAGAAUUCAUGGUCAACUUAUUGGGGUAACGAUGGUUAUGUACUUAUGUCACGUAAAAACAACAACUGUGGUGUCGCAACAGCUGCAACAUAUGUUAUUAUUCAAUAA